AUGGCGGGCACCUCUACCGGCGGGUCUCUCAAGAGGCCACACCAGCUUGACGAUGAGGGUACCUCACAGAAGAGAUCGCGCUCGAACAAUGGGUCUCCAGCACCCACAACACCUCCCCCUAAGGUCGAUAUGGCGAAGGCUAUUGCAGAAGCAAAGGCAAAGGCAGAAGCUGUUCGUGCUAGGCUAAAUGCUCAGGGUGCAGGAGGAGCUGCUUCGCGCCUUUCGGCAGCCCCUCAGGCUCCUCAGUCAACAGGAGCGUCGCCCGCUCUGUCCAGGCUCGAACAAAUGAAAGCAAGAGUUGCGGCAGCUACGGGGAAGAUAAAUACAUCUACUGCAGCUAAACCAUCUCAGCCGACCCCCAGCUUCGCCCCUAUUCCUCCCCCUUCAGCCAAUGACGAUACUAUGAUGAGGGCAAGAGGUGGACUGGAUGUCGGCUUACACCCUGCACUCCUUGGAGACAGCGGGCAAGACAGCCGAACUACAAAAGGAAAACAGGCCAUGCAGCCGAAAUUUGCGACAACUAUGGCGAACUUUCGGUCUGAGUCGUCUACGCCGCCUAGUCGAGGGAAAACACCUCUUGAUUUGUCUGGCCCAUCCAUAGAAGAAACCAGGAAUAACCCCUACUUCGACCCGAGCUUUGGCUCUAAGUCCGUAGCGGCACGGCCUCGUCACACACGCCAGCUUAUCUUUAAUCAAAAAGGAAAAUAUAUCCAACAAGCUGCAGCACUGAGAAGGCAGGCACAACUCGAAGCUAUGAAAAAACGGAUUGCAGAGCGAGCUCGACAGGCUGGUAUAGAUGAAGACCUCGAUGUUGAAAAAUCUUAUCUUGUGGCUGCACCCCCAGCAAUUGAAUGGUGGGAUGAAGGGCUAGUAAAUGGAACGGAUUACACCGCAACUGAAGAUCCAAGUAACCUAAAGGUUGAUACCCCAGAUUCAGUUAUAACCAUCUAUAUACAGCAUCCGGUCCUUCUGGAACCCCCACAGGACAAGAAUAUACCCGCUCCCAAACCCAUGUACCUAACCCCCAAGGAACAAGCAAAGAUCCGCCGACAACGCCGCAUGGCAGAUCUCAAGGAGCAACAGGCUAAGAUUCGUCUUGGACUUGAACCCGUGCCUGCCCCGAAAGUUAAAAAGUCAAACCUGAUGAGAGUACUUGGUGAAGAUGCAGUUAAGGAUCCUACGGCUGUCGAGGCCAGAGUCAACCGUGAAAUUGCUGAGCGUGCACAAAAGCAUCAAGAUGCCAACGAAGCUCGAAAACUCACAAAGGAACAACGUCAUGAGAAAUUGGCGUCAAAACAAGAAUUGGAUGCCGCCAAGGGAGUGUGUGUAUCAGUCUACCGCAUUGACAGUCUGGCAAACGGCCGCCAUCGAUUUAAGAUUAACAAGAAUGCAGAGCAACAUGCACUUACCGGCAUUUGCAUUAUGCAUCCCAAACUCAACAUCGUGAUUGUAGAGGGAGGUGCUCACUCUAUUAACGCGUAUAAAAAACUUAUGCUAAACCGCAUUGACUGGACUGAAAAUUCAGGCGCCAACUCCGUUAGAGAAGGUAACCGUGAAGCACUGACUUCUUGGCUAGCCGCUGAAGAUGAGAAGGGAGAGCUUAAAGACUUGAGCCUCAAUUCCUGUACAUUAGUCUGGGAGGGAGAGGAGAAAAAUCGAGCAUUUAGGAAAUGGGUUGGAGCUCGAGUAUGCGAGACGGAUGGCGCAGCAAAGGACCAGCUAGCUAGGGCGAAGAUGGAAAACUUCUGGGCUCUAGCAAAAAGCAUGAAGCCUGCAACUACAUAA